GUAAACCGCAACAAGCGAGGCCACACGAGCUAAGCACAUCAUUCGUAUGAAGUAUUGACAGCAUAUGGUUAGAUAGGAGCCGUUUGCGAAGCGCGAGCAGGCACGCCCGCGUGGUGCGGAGAACUGGCGCGUGGGCCCCCAAUCGCAGAUCGUCACGUUGAUGGCGCCCGCUCCAAGUGUAGCGAGUAGCGGAAAGCCCGGGCUCGAGGGCGCGGUAUUCGGCGUGCUGUUCACGCUGAGCCAGGAGAAGGACACACAAGACAUCUUCUACCACUGGAUCCUUUUGAAGAUCCUGCUGGACGUGUGGCAGGUCUACACCCAGAUCCUCACCCCCCAGUAUGGCUGGGACAUCAACCCCGACUCGACGCUGUGGAAGGGCGUCUCCGUCCUCUCCUUUGGAUGGCUUGCGGACAUCGGGUACGGCUGGUACGUCGGCCUGCUGUACACGUUGGCGACCCUGCUGGGCCUCAACCUGGCCCUGUGCGGCUGGGUGGCGGUGUGCUUCCGGAACCAGAAGUUCGACUACGUGUGGCCCAUCAAGGUGGUCCGCGGCUUCAGCUACGUGUUCCUGCAGGUGUUUGACAUCACCUCGCUCAACUUCCUGCAGCUAGGCAUCAGCUGCAAUUACACCGCCCCGGCCAGCAGCGGUUUAUUCCUCAAGAUGCAGCUGUUCCCACAGUACAGCUGCUCGGCGCUGCCCCAGCUGGCCCAGGCUAUGGCUUCGGGCGUGUUGCUAGGCGUGUUCGUGGCGGUGGCCAUGCUGGUCAACAUGAGCGAGGUAGAGGUCAACCCCACCAGCAAGUCCCCGCAGGCGCUGGGCCACAGCGGCGCCGAGGUCACCGCCUUCUUCAUCAAGGUCCUCAUGACGCUGGUCAGCACAUUCAUCGGCGGCUGGCCCAAGGUCGCCUCCGCCGCCUACCUGCUCCUGGCCUUCUGGCUAGCCUGGUGCAACCUCCGUUGGGUGCCGCACCUGGUGGGCUGGGUGGGCGACCUCAAGUCGGGCUGCGCGGUGGCCAUGGCGGGCGUGGCGGCGCUGCAGGUGGCAGUGGUUGCUCUGCCCGACUCCGCCAUCGACGCCCGCCACACGCUCACCCUGGUCAUGGGCAUCGGCCUGGCACCGCUGUUCGUGGCGGGCUCACUCCUCAGCUGGUGGAGGCGGACCUGGUUCACGUCGGCGGCGCUCAAGGCCUUCAGGACCACCGACCCCGAGAAGGUCAAGCCCCGGGACAUCUUUGGAUUCUGGGACGCACGUGAUGUGGAGAUCGCCGCCCGCUCCUGCCGCGUGUGGGCGGACCGGUACCAGCUGGACAAGGCGGCGGUGACUCGCGCGCAGGAGCUGAUCAAGGCCGGCGUGGCGCGCUUCCCCGGCAGCUCGUACGUCAAUCUGGUGUAUGCGAACUUCCUGCUGGAUGUGCUGGGCUUCAGCCAGACAGGUGGCAAGCAGCUCGAGGCCGCCCGCAAGCUGGACCCGGGCCCCAUGUGUCGCUUCAUGCUCUUCGUGCGGCAACAGCAGGCCACCCAGAAGGCCGCGAGCAGCACCGUGGGCAAGGGCGGCAGCAUGGAUCUGCUGGGCUAUGUGGAGUACCAGCGCAAGCAGCGCAUGGUGCUGCGCCACCACAAGGACGCCCUGCAGGCCAUGGCCAACUUCUGGCGCAUCCUGGGCUACUCGAGCAGCGUGUCCUUCCGCUCGCUCAGCCGCUCACUGGAGGAGAUCGACACCAGUGUGAAGCAGGCUGAGACGGCGUACCGCGCCGUGCUGGAGAUGUACGGCAACAGCCCGCGCCUGGUGCGGCUGUACGCCCGGUUCCUGGAGACCGUCAAGCAGGACCCCUGGGGCGCGGCCGAGUACUCGGCACACGCCGACCGCAUUGAGCAGAACCGGGACGCGGACGGCGACGGCCCCACGCUGCCCGACGGCACGCCCAUCGGCCGCAUGGACGAGGUGGACAAGGGCGUGCUGGUAGUGAACGCGUUCGGCGACAUCCAGAUGGUCAACAAGAAGCUGAUGUCCAUGUAUGGGUACCGCAAGGGCGACCUGGACGGCAAGAACGUGACGGUGCUGAUGGCAGGCCACGACGCCAAGCGCCACCCGGGCCUGCUGCGCCGUUACAUUGACAGCGGAGAGCAGGCACCGCCCGUCUUCAGGCGGCCGGUGCUGGGCAUGCACCGCGAGCGUGUGGCCAUCCCAGUGCAGCUGGACGUCAGCCGUGCUUCGGGCAUGGGCGAGGACAGCGUGUUCAUAGCGCUACUGGAGGCGGCGCCGCAGGAGCCUGGCGUGGGCCGGCUGUGGGCCACACCCGAGGGCCUCAUCGUGUGCUGCGACGCCGGCUUCGUCACCUGCUUCGGCUUGUUCCCCACCGACGUGGUGGGAACUCAGCUGCGCUCGCUGCUACGUGCCAACGCCUCCAGCGCCGCCGCAGCCGCCGCCUCGCGCGCAGCCGGCCAGGGCGGCGAGGAGGACGGCUGGAGCGCCAGCAAGGCCCUGAGUGACGCACAGAAGCUGGUGCAGCGGCUUAUUUCCGAGGCCGAGGCUGACAGGCCUACGUCGGCCGACGGCAGUCGCCACGGCGCCCCGGGCUCCCCCGGCGGCGCAUCUGACGGCGGCGCGGCCACUAAACCUGACCGUCAUUGCUUUGUGCGGCACAAGUACGACGAGGCCCGUGAGGUGUGCGUCACCGUCACCAUGGACCCUUCCCGCACCAUCCUGGAGUUUGUGCUUCGCCUGGUGUCCACCGAGCCCCAGCUGCUGAUGGUGGUGGAGAAGCGCGGAGGCAUCAAGCACAUGAGCGGAGACUUGGCCAAGCUACUUGGAGCUUCUGCUGGUGCCGACGAGGCUGCUAUCGGCGGUGGCGGCACGGGCGGCGGUGUGUUGGAGGGCCUGGGCGCCGCCGCUGAGAGCGCCGCGCUCCGCAACUUGGACGACUUCCUGCCCGCGCCCUGGCGCUACCUGCACUCCCGCCACCUGGCCAAGGCCAUUGGAACCGGCAUCCCCGCAUCCGCCAUCAUCCAGAUGGGCGGUGGAGCCCUGGAUGCCGCUGGCGCCGGAGCCGCCGCGACCAGCGGUGCGCCCGCCCUUCUGUCCGGCAUGUGGGGCUGCCACGGCGGCCGUACGGCUGGCGCAGACGAUGGCGGCCCUGCCGCUGGCGGGCGCCUGUUCCGCCCCACGAUGCGCCUGGUCGGGCUGCACGGCCGCCCCGUGUUCGUGCGUGUGGCGGUGCACUCGAGGGAGGAGGGCGGCGAACCGCUGCACGUGGUGCGCAUGGCCAGGUCCUCUCUUGACACCGCCAUUGCUGAGCGCCGUUUGCGCGUGCGGGUCUCGGAGGCCGGCACAGUCAUUGACGAGGCCGAGGCAGCCGCUGCCGCAGCCAAACUAGAUAUGGGGCCUGACGUUGCGGCGGACGCAGAGGAGGGCGCGGCUGUGAUUGUCGAGAGGCCCACCACCGCGGCUGCAGCUGCGCAGGCGAUGGGUGAGGAGUUGGAGGCCUUGUUCGGCUUCACCAAGGAGGCGCUUGCGGGGUACCACCUCUGGGACUUCAUCACGCUUCAGCCCUGCCCCGAGUCCGAGCUGCUGCUGGCGACUGCCGGCGCCACCUCCGGCGCUGGUGCCGCAGCCGCCACUGCUACAACGCCCCGCGCCGGUGCUGUUCGCCGCGCCUCCACCACCAUGAGGGCUGGCGCGACUGGUGCCGGCGCCCUGAGCCGCGCGGUUCGACACCGCCUAGGCAACAGCACGGGUGUUGUAGGCGCCACCAGCGCCAAGGCGGCGGCCGACUCGGACGCCACUGAUACUGGAGGUGCCGAUGGCGCUGUCGGCGGAGACCUGCUGGAGGAGGCUGCGUCGGUUGUGUACGGCGAGGUGGGCGGCGUCACCGCAGAGGAGGACGCCGCCGCUGCUGCUGCUGCAGUCGCUGACUUGGCGGCCGGGGCCAUGGACGCCGCCGCGAACGGCAGCGCCAACCCGUUCGCCAGCGGCCCUGGCUACUACGGCGCUGGUCCCCCAGUGGAGUUCAACCUGCGCACCUUUGAUGCCAUGAUCACCAUGGCGCUGCAGUUCCCCGGCGUGUCCUGGCGCGUGGCGGUGGUGCCGCCGGCCGCGGUGGCUGAGGCGGAGGCCAUGGGCAACGCCUCACGUGCCGCCGCGCACCUGGCGCGUAACACGCGUCAGGCUGUGUUGAGGUUGGAUGUGGCGGUGCCUCGUGUGCGGGUGCGCCCGCGUGGCGGCUCCGGCUCCCCCAAUGGCGGCAUGUCGUCCCCUCGGGCCGGGCAGCAGCUGAACCCCGCCCUGGCGCCUGGCCGCCUGGUGGUGCAUGUGGAGCUGUGGGCGGCGGAGAGCCUCACCGGUGUGCUUGAGCUGGACCCUCGCGGCCGGGUGGCGGGCCUGGCGGAGGAGGGCGGCGUGCGCCCUGCGGGGCUGAUCUUCGGCCAGCCCUCUGCUUCCUUCCUGGGCUCAGAGCUGUCCCAGAUUGUUUCCAUGCCGGCCGGCUACACGCCCAUGACACUGCUGACUGGCGACGUGGGCGGCAAUGCCGCAAAGAAGAGCGCGCUUAAGGCAACCAAACAGCAGCAGGCGGCCGCGGACAAGGAGGCCGCUGUCAAGGUGGGCCCCGUGCACUACCUGCCCGGCGGGCACCGCGACGGCCGGCCCCUGCUGCUGGCCGUGCAAAUGGUUGGCAAGCCGCUGCCGCCCGGCGGCGCACAGCCCGCGAGUGUCGCCGCCGGAGCUUCAGUAGCCGCCGGCACCCUGACCGCCAGCAUCCGCCUUGCGCCCGCCGGCGCCCAGCCAUCAGUGCUACCGCCUAUGAUGGGGGCAGCGGCGACUGCGGGCGCCAACGCACUUGCGGCCGGGGGGGGGGGUACCAGGCGCCGCGCCUCAGUCAUUGCGUUGCCGCCCCCGGCAGCGGCGCCGGUGUCAUGGUGUCCCAUCAUGGGCCCUGGGGGCUCCGUCCAUCGUAGUGUUCAGCAGAUGCACCUGGCGAAGGACUUGUCGCGCAUGGGCCGAGAGGCUACCGACGCCGAUGCCACCGCAAGCGCAGCGGAAGGCCACGCGGCCGCCGUCAUCGGCAGCCUCAGCGCCCCGGUGUCGCUUCUCGAUCCGGCGGCAGUGGGCGUGGCGGCGGCUAUGCCACUUCCGCCUCCGCCUCUGGCGUUGGCGAUGACCAUGCCGUCGCCUGGCAUUACUAUGCGCGGUUCGGGCCCUGGCGCCCAGGGCGGCACCAGCUCGAGGCCGCUGGCGGCGCGGAGCAGCAAGGCGCGCGAGGGCGCUCCUGGGGAAGCAAUUGGUUCUGGAAGCGGGGACUCUGCAGGGGUAUUGGAUUCGGCUGUAGACCUAGAGCGCCGCGCACACGACGGCAGCACCGGUGCCGAUGGUGGGGCCCUCAGCCCGCCUCGGUCGCCGGCGUCAUUGCCGGGAAUGGUGCUUGGCGACCACGAUGGCCGCCCAAGUGCCACUGGUGCUCUGGGUAAUGCCGCGGCUGCAGUUGCCGCAGCCAAGGAGGCACAGGGCAGCGGUGCCGCGUUAACUAAGCAGCCCUCAAACAAGAUUUCCAAGUGGGUUUCGACCAAUGGCGAGUAUUACCAGAACACUGUGAGGUCCGCUCCGGGCAUUGGUGGCCUUGAGGAGGAGGAGGAAGAGGAGGAGGGUAGUGACGACGACGCUGAUGAUACCAGUGGCUCGGGCGUCGGUGAUGGCAGCGACCAACGUGGCAGCGGUGAUGGUGCCGCAUCGCGCCGUUCGGCCAGGCACCCAGGCGGCGACGAGCCAGCAGCGGUUGCGCGGCUCGAGCUGGCAGGGGCUGGCGACGAAGGCAAUGGCGGCAAGGGCGCAGGCGCGCGCCAGGGCAUGAGCAUGGCGGUGGACAACAGCGACACUAGGAGCGAUGGCGGCGAGAGUGCCACAUCCGGCGUGUCGGGCACGUCGGGUCUGUCUGACGGCGACGGCACCGGAGACUUCAAGCGGGGCAAGCGGUACAAGAAGCUCAUCAAGCUCAUCGACUCGCCUGACAGCAAGAAGAGCUUACGCAAGUUCAAGAUGCUCGUGGCGGCGGUCAUUUUCACGUGCAUGGCAGUGCACGUGCUGUGCUUCGCCCUCAUCAUGGACGGAAUCCAUUGGCAGAACGAUGCGCUACAGACCCUCACCAACAUGGGCGACGGCCAGCGUUUCCUUCAAAAGGUUGCGGUGUACAUGAGGGCUCUGGACCAGACCUACAGGGGCAAGGGCUCCAACAACACAUACACAGAGGCAAAUGCACCGUUCUUUGCGAGCGAGAUGUACCGCUACCUCAACCUGUACAACGAUAUGAACAACGGUAUCCUGCUCAACAGCCGGCACCAGUCCAUCACGCUGCUCUUCUACACAGACCAGCUGACGGUGUGGGUCGGCAACAACAGCUUCACUGGCGAGGAGGUGUUUACAAACGUCACCACCUGGGAUCUGCUGACACGACUGCUGGUGGCGGCCCUCACCGUGUACCAGAAGCACGAGGAGUGGCGUGCCAAUGGUACAUACCCGGCCGAUACAUUUGAAGGGCAGUUCGUGCUCCGAAGCGCACAGCAGCUCGCCAAGGGCUCGCAGUCCGUGUGGGUAGCGCUGCAGGAUCAUGCCAAGGGCCACACCCAGCGCGUCAACAACCUCCAGCUCAUCUUCCUGGUCAUUGAGGGCUUUCUGGUGUCCAGCUGCACGGCGGCGUGCCUCAUCUACUUGCUGCGCGUGGCGAGCGAGCAGCGCUACAAGCUGUACGACACCUUCCUUGCCAUCCCCAUUGGCCUGACGCGCGCGCUGGCCUCUCAGACCACCCACCUGCUGGACGAUGACGAGUCGGAUGAUGAAGAGGACGAGGAUGGAGCUGCUGCGGCAGCAGCCAGCAAGGCGGCUGAGCUUGCUGCUGGUGACGAGCACGCCAGUGUAGACGGCGACGCUGCGGGCGGUGGGGGCGCUGCCGCCCCCAAGCGUCGUGCCAAUUUCGACAACGCUGGUCACGGCGGCUCCGGCGGUCGCCGCAGCGGUACCGGUGACGUGGCAGCAGCAGAUCAUCCCGGCAGCAACAACGGAGGGGGCAAGGGCGCUAGCAGCGUGAAAGAUGCCAAGCACAGAGGUGGCGGCGGCGAUGCAGCUGCUGCGGCUGGGGGAGGCAACGGCGCGUCAGGCCCGCUGCUGCGCAUGCAGUCGAGCAUGCGCGACUCUGGCGCCGGCAACGGUGGCGCAAGCAGUUGGUUCGGCACCCUCAAGGCGAAGAUACUGGGCCGCUCCAACGCGGUCCGUGACAGCUCGGCCCCGGCGAAGCGCUCGCUGGAGCGCAACAGCCGCGUGUCCAUCGCCAUGCUGGCCAUCGCCAUCACCUACUCUAUCCUCAUCAUCACCUUCUACUCGGUUGGCUACAUCCUCACGCUCACCACCGCGCAAAACGUGGCCAUGGUGGCUGUGGCGCAGCGCAACAUGGAGCGAGCCUGCAAAGCCGUCUUCCUUUCACAGGAGCUUCUUGCCCAGGAGGACCCGCUACUCGUCCAUCGCUACAUAAACGAGCUUCAAAACGUCAGCGUGGGCCUGCGUGACGCCUACUACACGAUGCGUAUGGGCAUUGAUGCUGACCGCGUGGCUGGCCCCGACAUUGAGAGGUUCCCGGGCGUGGUGAGCCACGGCCUGGCCAAGGAGAGCCCCGAGCAGUUCCAGCUCUUCUUCGGCACCGGUGACUGCCAGCGACUGAAUGCGCCGUGCGAGGGGCCCGAGUACCGUUAUUACGAGGUGACGCACGGAGGCGUAGAGGCAAUCAUUUUCCAGGUGGUGCUGUCGGUUAAAUCUCUUGCCGACCAAGCCCAAGGGGCGGAGCAUCGGGCCAUCGCCGCAGUAUCGCACUCUGUCGGGGUGCCCAUUGAGACCAUCCUCGCUGAGGUGCAGGCUGGCGAAACUAAUCAAGUGCUGGCCGCGAUCGCCGCCGCCAACGCCACAUCCGUGGCUGCUGGCGGUCCCCCGGUGCUAAUACCGACAAUAGCCGAGAUGGACAUGCCCGGACAUGACAACAAGGAAUGGGAUUUUAUUUGGAACGCAGGCUUACAAGACGGUGUAGAUGGCAUCCGCCGAAUCACAGCUCUGGAGAUCUCGUACAUCGAGGGUAAUUUCCAACAGGUGGUGGUCAUGCAUGUGGUACUAUUCAUCCUGCUGGUGGCGGUGUUCGUCGUGUUUGUGUUUGGCCUCCUAAUGCCCAUGCUAAAGCGCAUGCACCAGGAGAAACGGCGCAUCACGGAGAUGCUUAGCCAGCUGCCCACUGAGGUGGACGUCAUGAAGCUCAUCACGCUCGUGAUUAUGGGCUCCAGCCCUGUCGCCAACGACAAGAGCGUUAAGGGCGUUGCUGAGGGUGGCAAGAGCGUGCGCCGCAGCUCAGUCCUCGGCAGUGGUGGCGUUGCCGUCAACGCCUCAGCCGCCAAUAACGCACAGGCGACGCAGCGGUCUAGCACCAUGGAGCUGCCUGCCGGUGGCGGCGGCGGUGCUGCGGCUGACGAUGGCGACAUGGGCGUCGCGGACAGCAAGGCGUGGAAGGGGCUGCUGGCACGUGCCACCAGUGUCAAGGGCGGCGGUUCCUUCGCCAGCCCCAAGCGUGUGUGAGCUAGUAGAAGCAUCUGAACGGCUGGGUCGAUCUGACAGUGAUUUUGGGGCGCAGUUGAUACUUGUCCAGGGUGGCGGCUCAUAAGCUAUUUAAUGAAGAAUGCACGCAGCAGUUGAUUAUAAAAAGGAUGUCACGGAAGUUGAUUAUAAAAAGGAUGUCACGGAUGCGCAUCACCGCAUGCGUGUGCAACGCGCCCAUGCAUGCCGAGUGUUGGCACAAGAUGAUAAUAAAGUCCUGUCUGGCCGUGUGAAUGCAUGCGUCCAUACGUGGUGCUUUGUAUGCGCACGGUGCGCCAUAGUGUCACGAGAGCUUACAAGUUACUCAUCCCACCUGUCCCGCUGCCGCGCUGCUUCAUUUAAUAAGGUUUAAAGGAGUGCUGCUGUGACAGCAUACGCACCCUGAGCGUGACAGCUGCAAGGGCACAUGCACUCGCGCAAUGCUUCGGCGGCGGCGGCAGCGGCGGCGGCGGCGGCAGCGGCAGCGGCGGCGGCGCGUGCGCGCAUCUUGGUAGCGGAGGGGGCGGGAAAGGCCACGUGGAGGAGGAGAGCGCAGCGCCGCCCAAGAAGCGGCGCAAGCGCGCAGGCUGAGGAGCCGGCUGGCGGUGUCUAGGUAGCGGUCUGCGGUGGGGCUGGCAGGGCAUGCGUUGCGGCAUGACAAGUAGUGCGGCUGUUGACAACUGUGCUGCGUCUGGCUACGGUUGGCUCUGCUGUGGCAUCGCGACUGCUAGAUAGGCACCUGGUUUGGCUAUGUGCCUGUGGAAACCGACCCCGGCUAUGUCCGGGCGAUGAGGUUGUUCAGCCUCAGACUGUGGAGGGGCUCAGCCCCUUUUCCCGUGACCGGGGAACACUUGUCAUCAGCUUGGAUAGUCAGACCUACAGACACCGCCCUUCAUCUUCUCCUGGUCUCGGAUUAGCGGGGCCGACACGGGCCGUCACUCGAUACCCGUACGGAAGGUGCUGUGUGUAUGUGCUGGCUUUUCGUAGCGCAGCUUGUCAUUGCAACUUAAUUGCUGUGUCCCGGCUGUGUGGCGUGGGGUGCGGGUAGCGUGGGACGUGCCGGACUGCCGGUGCAUGAGGCCAGACCGAGCCACGCUUAGUCACACGCAGCGCGCUCGUGCCUUAUCUGCCGUUGUGCGUCUGUACUGUACUACCGAACUUGGUUACUGACGCUGCGACCUUUUCAUCUUCUCGUCUCGGGUUCGUG